GAAUAUUAAGAGCGAAUUACUACACGAAACCUUUCCUGGUAAUGAAAAGAUAGACAGUAAAUAUGAUCAAGCUAUUGCAGUACAUAAAGAAAAUGGUGUAGAAAUUAAGAAGAUGGCUGAUCAUGAGAAGAGUAGUUUAAAUGGGACUGAGAAUUUUUCUUUAAGCAAGUCACUUGAUAUUUCAAAAGAACAAAAUCCCGAAGCCAGGAAGUAUUUCGCGCGUGAUAUGAGCGUAAAGGGUGUAGACUGCAUGGAAAUAAUAAGAAAAAAUAAAAAUGAAAUAGACAGAGCACUGAGGAGAUCAGAAAUUUUAAAAAGAAAUAAAGUGUCUGAUCUACAAUAUACAGAAAAAACUAACAACUGUGCUGCUUUUAUUGCAGACAGAGGAUAUAUAACAAACCAUUUAACCGAAGAAGAGAAAAACUUUCCUGUAGCAUACAGCAUUCUGAUGUAUAAAAACGUUGAGCAAUUUGAACGACUUUUACGUGCAAUUUAUAGACCACAAAACAUAUACUGUAUACAUGUGGACUCUAAGUCUAAUAGUAGGUUAUACCAAGCGGUCUCCGGUAUUGCAAACUGUUUCGACAAUGUUCAUUUAUUACAGAAAAGAAUUAAUGUUCGAUGGGGAUAUAUGUCGGUACUUGAACCCGAACUAUUAUGUAUGAAAGAACUAUGGAAGAGAAGCAAAACAUGGAAAUAUUUCAUAAAUUUGACGGGGCAGGAAUUUCCACUGAAAACAAAUUACGAGCUGGUGCAAAUUUUAAAAGCUUACAAUGGAGCAAAUGAUGUUGAAACAACCGUGAAAAGAUUUCAAGGACGGUGCCAAAAUACUAAGGCAGGACCCCCGCAUGGAAUACAAGUAGCUAAAGGUGCUCUCCAUAUCGCCGUAAACAGGGGUUUCGUUGAUUACAGUUUACAUGACAAAAGAGCACGUGAUAUUCUAGCGUGGAUGAACGUUUCUUGCUGGAUCCCUGACGAAGUUUAUUUUUCAACGCUAAAUCAUAAUCCUCAUCUGGGGGUGCCUGGUUCAUAUAAAGGACAUCCGGAGACAACAAGGUUACCUGCCAGGAAAAAACCGUAUCUAGCACGUUUUAAGAACAGAGUAAAAUCUGACACUUACAGAUACCCAUGUCAUGGGAAAGUGGUUAGAGGCAUAUGUAUUUUCGGAAUAGGAGACGUACCAAUGUUAUCUAAACGCAAAGAACUUUUCGCAAAUAAAUUCCAUUUAGAUUACCAAACUGUCGCAUAUGAGUGCAUGGAGGAACUUAUAUUUAAUCGCACUCGUGAUGAAUACCUAGGAACGCGGGUGUAUAACGCCAACUGGUAUUCAAAGUUAGGGUUUGUGUCAAAGAAAAUAGAUUUAUAACAAAUUAACCAGAUUCGUCCCUAUCGUUCACAAAUGAAAUGUUCAGCUUUUAUGAUGUCUGUGAUAAAUCUAGGUUAAAUGUUGAAACAAGAUAGUGAAAUAUGAAAUACAAAUCACAUGUGUAAAGAUAUAUCAAGGAGAAGAACCUGCUAUAUGUUCUUAUCUUUCAACUCACAAGAUGACACAAUAACAUGCCUAAAAAUGGGCCAUCAACAGAAAUCAACAAGAGUAAUGCGCAUUUAUGCCGCCAUAUUAGCGCUUUGUGAUGAACCUAGUACGUCAACAAGCCGCACGUGAGCAUUUAAUGACUGCAGGCGGAAUGAUAACUGGUUGAUAUGUCUGUAGGCCUAUAUGUUUUAAAUGAAAAGUUACGUUACAAUUAAUACAUAAGUAUAACUGCAUCGAAUGUAUUUAACAAAGCAUAUUGAGCCUUUGCCAGUCUAUGAACAUACAACUGAUAUCAUACAUCCAUUUAAAUUACAUUAAAAUGCUUUGAGAAGCCAUCUUUGUAAUGAUACUUGUAACUCCUAUAAUAAACAAACACAAUUUGAACGAAUAAUAAAUGUUCUUUCUAAAAUUUCUACGAAACGUGUGAAAACGGAUUGACCCAAGUUGAAAAAAAUAUUCCAACUUGGAUCUUCUUAUUAGAAAUAUAUUUUGAAGAGAUUUCCAUCAGUUCUUUUGAAUUUCCAAUUUUGCAAACUGUUGGAUGGCGCAUUUCACAAUAUGCAAAGUUAAUGCGACGAAUUUUUAUUUUUAAAAAGUAAUACAGAAUGAAUUGCGCGGCUGUCUCAUCUUACGCACACAGGUUAAGAAAUAUACACUAAUGAAAGUUAACUGUUACAUGUACUACAUAUCUAAACAUGCAUUUAAAAUGUUAAUAUACUUUAAAUUUACUGUUUAUCACGUUUUGUAAUCACAAAGAAUUUUUAUGAUGAAAUAAAAUGUU